GCCGGCAGAGAGACGCACGCACGCACGUACGCACGCCCCCUCUGCUUUAGCUCCCGGGCAGGCGAGCUCGCGUCGGCUAUUCCGCAGAGCCAGGCGGGAGGAGGCGGCGGCUUUAGUGGAAGGAGGCCGAGGUGCGAGCCGCUGCCGCGCUCCCCCCCCCUCCCCUUUCGCUUCGCCCCGCCGAGCCGACCUUCGAGUUCCCGCGUGGCAUGAACCGGGUCCAACGAGGUGGAGGAGGCGCUGGUAGUGGGGGAAGCCGCGGCCUCGGCACUAUGGAAGUGAAGAGCAAGUUUGGUGCAGAGUUCCGACGUUUUUCUUUGGAAAGAUCAAAGCCUGGCAGAUUUGAGGAAUUCUAUGGAUUACUUCAGCAUGUUCACAAAAUACCCAAUGUUGAGGUCUUAGUUGGAUAUACAGACAUUCACGGAGAUCUCCUACCAAUUAAUAAUGAUGACAACUACCACAAAGCAGUCUCUACUGCUAAUCCUUUGCUUCGGAUUUUUAUUCAGAGAAAAGAAGAUGCAGACUACAGUGCCUUUGGGACAGAUACCAUGACAAGGAAGAAAAACGUCUUAUCCAAUGUGCUCCGUCCUGACAACCAUAGGAAAAAGCCACACAUUGUUAUUAGUUUGCCACAAGACUUCAGGCCAGUAUCUUCUAUUAUUGAUGUGGACAUACUUCCAGAAACUCAUCGUAGAGUGCGCCUUUAUAAAUAUGGAACUGAAAAGCCUCUAGGAUUUUAUAUACGCGAUGGCUCCAGUGUCAGAGUAACCCCACAUGGGCUAGAAAAAGUUCCUGGUAUAUUCAUAUCCAGGCUGGUUCCUGGAGGCCUGGCUCAAAGCACAGGUUUACUGGCUGUUAAUGAUGAAGUCCUAGAAGUGAACGGUAUAGAAGUUUCAGGAAAAAGCCUCGAUCAAGUUACAGAUAUGAUGAUUGCCAACAGUCGCAAUCUGAUCAUUACUGUGAGACCAGCAAACCAGAGGAACAAUGUUGUUAGGAACAGCCGGACUUCUGGUAGCUCAGGACAGUCUACUGAUAACAGCCUUCCAAGUUACACUCCACACAUUGUGCCACGCUACCAACCCGAGGAAGAAGACAGUGAUGAAGAUGAUAUAAUCAUUGAAGAUAAUGGGGAGCCACAGCAAAUCCCAAAAGCUGCUCCAUCCAGUGAAAGUCUGGAUUCACUGACACAAACUGAGACCCACCAUGAAUCCAUGCAGAACGGCUUCAUUUCUUCCAGGGAAGUCAACCUGUACUGUUCAACAAGCAGCAUUAAUGUGGAAUUUAAAAUUCAGGAUUCUGACCAAAAGACCUUAGAAGAAGAUGGGACAAUCAUCACAUUGUGAAAGUGUUUCAUUUGCUUUUUCAAAUUAAGAGGCCAAAAACUAUACCUACUUGGCGGCACCUAUACAAUAUAUACCUCUCAAUUAUUAUAUUUCAGUGGCUUUUUUAUAUUAACAGAAUGGAGUUGUGAUUCACUUCAUUUGUUCCAUUUUGAAAUCUAGCUGAGUAUUUUUUUUUUUUUAAACAUGGGCUGGCUCUCAUCUUACAUUUUCAAGACGGAACAAUGAUCCUACUGCUCAAAAUAGUGUAAUGUCCUGUUUUCCAUUUAUAAGGACCAGAUUUUGGUUCUUAUCAUGGGUCUGUCUGCAUAUUGCAUACAUCUUGAAGUCAAAUGAGAUCCAGCCCCGAAAAUGCCUUAUUUUAACCUAAAAAUAUUAAUAAAAGUAAUUAAACACAAGAUUACCACCAUUUUAACCAAUGUUCCAAUAUGUAUUAAUUAAAAAGUUACAGAAUGGUUUAAAAUAGAUCAAGUUUCAGUUUUCAUGAAUCUUAGUGCAACUGUUCACACAACUAUACUUUGGAUUUACUAAUGGAAUGGUUAGUUGGGAGGUAUAACUAUUGUUGUUUUUAAUUUAUGAAUCUUUGACUGUAUUGUCAUUUACUCCUGAUGCUGGAGGAAUAAAUCUCCAGUGGAUAAGGCAAUUUAAUGAAAGCCAGUUAAAUAAUUCCUUUAGAUCAGGGAUGUCAAACUCACAUCACGGUGUCAUCACAUGACAUAUUGGGACUUUUUCCCCCUUCACUAAACCGGGCGUGGCCAGCGUGUGAUGCAUCUGGCCCGUGGCUGGGAGUUUUGACAUCCUGCUCUAGGUCUAUCACUUAUAUCUACCCGUUCAUUAAAAAAAAAUGUCAUAAAAAUUGUUGCAUUGCAAUCCAAGCCUAUUAAAAGCAGUGGGAUUUUUCUAUUGACUUCAGUGGUUGUUGUGGACCUGGUCAGGACCUGGUGUCCUUGAGCAGCUGCAAGAGCCUUGAUAGAGACACUCUUUUUAUCUUGCUCCCCACCCCUACCUGUUUUAAUAUUCAGAACUAGAAUUAACCUAACCACCGUUUGUCAUUCAAUGGAAUUAAGGUAAUUUUGAGAAUGCUCAUUGCUGCUUGGAGCACUACCAAUAUACCCAGUGAGCAAGCAACUUCCUUUACUGAAGAGCAGGUCCAUUAAAGAACCCUUUGCCCAGAAGGCUACCAGGCCAAGAAAUUGACUCUGGGGUUUUAUUAUAUCUAUAAUGUGAAUUUUUUUUGUGGUGUUUUUAAUUCCAAGUACAAGUUUUUAAGGAUAGAUUUGGCAAUCAGGUGUCUUAUAUAUAGAUUUGUUUUUAACAAUCCGAAGUAUCUUCUAUAGUGAAGAGAACUUUAAAGAAGGCAAAUUGUAUAAUCAUAAACAUGGGAAAUAUCAUUUGAACUUCUUUCCCUUUGACAAAAGGCUUUUUUUUAAAUAUAAAGCUCUAAGCAAAGGAAUUUUUAUAUUUAACCUAUAGGGAUAUGUUUAUACCUUUUUUCUUUAUGUAGUUGUGAUUGAGGUACAAUCCAGAAUUGCAGGAAAAAAAUAUUCCACAAUAAAAAUUACUGUGUGUAUGUUCGGUACUACUGUGAAUUAACUUGAUGAAUUAUAUUGUAGAUGUUAAACCUUUAACUAUCAUGGAAGCAUGGAAUCCAAAACUUUAGUGGAAGAACUGGAUGUUAAUUUAUUGUGGAAAUAUAUUGGUUACCGUGUUGCUUAACUCCUUGAUUCUGGUUUUUUGACAUUUCUGUAAACAUUCUGAUUAUGUUUUAUCAUUUUGCACCUAUUGUAUUUACAAUUAUAGCAUUAAGGAAAUGUUUAUUAUAUACUGUGCUUAAUUUCCAUUCCUUAAGAUUGUAGCCUCAAUCAGGUAGCUUGUAUUAUGAGAGGAAUGUGUAUGUUAUAAAUAUAUAUUGUAUAUAAAUAUGCACACACCCGUGUGUGCAUGUACCUGUAAAAACUUCCUUCGUUUUUGAGGCAGCAUCAUUUCCAAGGAAACCAGAGCUCUUUUUGAGUUUGGCAAAAUCUUUGAACUCUAGUAUAGAGGGAGAGAGGCUAGUGCUUACUGCUACUAAAUUGACAGGCUGCAUCAAAUAUUACAAUGUAAUGCAGUUGCCAGGAUGACAGAACUAUAGAGAGUUUUAUGAUUACCGCAUUCUUACCAAAUCUUCAAAAUCAAGCUGUUUAAACAUAAUAUAGUAUGUAUUAGCUUGAGAUGUAUAACUAUAUAUAUAUAGAGAGAGAGAGAUCUCAGUCCUAGUACUGAGUGAGCUUCAGUAUACAAUAACUGACAUAGACUUCUACGUACUACCUCUAAAAAAUUUUAUCAGUUAGCAUCUUAGAGAAGGGGCAGCCUCCGACUGGAGCUGUGUUUUUCAAGCUCAGCAACUUUAAAAUAGGACUUAAAACUGGCUGGGGAUUUCUGGGAGUUGAAGUCCACAUGUUUUAAAGAUGCAGCACAUUGGACUAGAGAGAGAGAUCUAGGGGGUUAGCCUGUGUGCAACUUUUAAUACUUCCCCCCCAAAAGGUAAGAUAUUUGGUCUGCAAGGCGCCCUGGUUUUCUCCCAGAUACUUUAUAUAUGCAUCAGACCUGCUUUUUAUUAAAGCUUCUCUAUUAUAUGUAAGAGUGAAUAAUUGUAUUGUUUCAUCAGAGAAUCAAAAUUCUUUAGAUCUUUUAAUCCUCUAGAACAGAUGAAAAUUUUAAAUCUCUUCCCUUAUAGAAUCAGAUUAGCCUCUUAAGUGCACCUUAUCUGAACAAAAGCAAAAUGUGGCUACAAUGAUACUCUUAUUUGGAGCUGCUUUUCCAGCUCCUGAUGAAGUCAAGCUAAACUGUGAAAUCUUUGUUCUUCCAUAAGUGUGUUGUGUAGGAUUUUGUCAUGUACCGUUCCGACUUACAUAUUUUCUAAUUAAAAACUUUAUGCAACAUAAUUUUUACAUGAACAUGUAUAAAAUCUCAAAUGUCAGUAUUUUUCUUACCACUUUAAUGUAUGAUGUACGACUAAAUGAACUUUGAUUUUACAAAAAUCAAUUGGCACUAAUCAAAUGCUAGUCAUAUUUUUUAGAAACUUGGUAAUAAAAAUUAUGACUAUUGCU